AUGACCCCAGUAGCAACGACCUCAAGAAACUCAAACAAUGCUUCUCACGAGAAGCCGAAAGGCUAUCCGAUGCUGGCGGCACAGAUAGAGCAACGGCCAGAAAUGGCUAUAUUUCGUCGUUUUGGUGCACUAAACGCUGAAAACCUCCUCUAUCUACAGGCAGAACUUGUCUUGCUCGAGGAUGAGCUACGGAAACAACAGGCAGAGGACCACAGCAGCAGCAUAGAAUACAAAGCCAAAUAUGCACUGAAUUGGUUUCACUUGCGCAACUCUCGAAGUAACGGAGACUCAAAGCAAUUGGACCUGGUCCAUACGAUCAGGGAAACACUGUGGCAAUACAGUGAGUAUUGCAAUUUGAGAACCACUGCAGGGCUGCUGCUAAUUUACCGAAUAGACGAAGCGCUUAUUCAACAGUCUCGAGUACUGUCAUACCCAGAGCCUGAUCGUUACGAUCUCGAGUAUAUGCAGCGUUUUCUACAUAGCAAGGCGCACAUGGAUCUUUGCCUCCUCGGCCCCGACGCUGCAAUAUGGGGUUCACUUUCAAAGCCAGAUUCACACAGCCCCGAUCUUGCGAGCCUAUGCCCAAGGAAGAAGGAGGAUCCUUUCUCCAACUGGGUCGUGGAUAACGCAAUCACAAAACUGGUUCGUUGUGGCUGUUCUUGCUUCUUACGUUCGUCUCGAGCGGACAUGCGUGGCAUCAUCGGUUACGAGGACAUCAAAGUUAUGCAGAUAACAUAUUGGAUGACGAGCGUGAUUGCAUCUCUGCUUCCGAUAGGCUCGAUUGUGAUUUUAUACAAGGUGCAGUCAACGGCUGCCAGAUUGGGCAUCAUCGCGGCAUUCAACGUGCUAGUGUCUCUAUGUCUGAGUGCAUUUACGAAUGCCAAGCGCGCAGAAGUGUUUGCGAUAACUGCGGCGUAA